CUCUCUCUCUCUCUCUCUCUCUCGUUCGAGCUGCCGCCGCUGCCGCCGUCGUCUAGGUAGGGGGGCGGGGGGAGCCGCGAAGCUUUGAGCUUCCUUCUUCUCUUCCCCUCCCUCACCGUCGCUCAGGCAUUGGCUGGGCGACCAGGCCGCAUCCCCCCCACUGGGGGGGAGGGGGCCAUUGUUAUGGAGACAGGUUCUGGGGAUCCCCCAUCGCCGCCACCUCGACCUAACGCCUCUCGUUCAGUUCUUCACAUUCUCAAGCGGAUGGCUCCAGCUCCUGUAGCAUUAGAAGUGACUACCAACAGCAAGUCAGCUUCACCCCUGGCAACAGCCAAUGCAGUAACAAUGGACACCGUAGAAGCCCCAGUGCCAACUGGUACUACCCCGGCAGCACCUUGCAUCGCUACAGAGGUGACAUUAACCGCGAUGAUUGCAGAGAUGACUCUUGUGGCCAAUGAUAGUGGACGGGUGACAGAUCCUGGACAGAUGAUGUCUGAUACCCUGGGAAGGGAUGCAGUUCCACUGGGAGAUGCAUUUUCAGCAGAUCUAGUACCUGUGGUGAAUUCAAUGGUUCCUGUUAUUGCUAAGGCUACAGUAAAUGACGGCAGGAUGAUGUCAUCAUCAGUGGCUUUGCCAAAAGAUGCAGUAGUGAAAUCCCUACCAGUUCCACCAGCUUCGCCAGCAGUGGUAGUGGUGGCCCCCAGUCCUGUGACCCCACCGGAGAAGACUUCACCAACCACUCCAGAGGGUUUGGCACCUCAUGAUUUUUCCACUCCUCAACCAUUUCAAGACCUGGGUUCCCAGUCUAGUCUGGGCACUACUGCAUCCCGGGUCCCUCCAGCUUCUGAUACUUUGAGCUAUUUAGAUUCUGUUAGUCUCAUGUCAGGCACAUUGGAGUCACUGACUGGUCCUGGAUUCCUUGAUGAUGCUAGCUCUCUGGGGUCAGAUUCUGAAAUCAAUGGACUUGCAUACCGUAAGACUGACAAAUAUGGCUUCCUAGGGGGCAGCCAGUAUUCUAUAACACCGGAAAGCACCAUCGCUGUGGAUGUAGCCAGGCAGAGGGAACUUAAGUGGCUGGACAUGUUUUCCCAUUGGGACAAAUGGCUGUCACGUAGAUUCCAGAAGGUGAAAUUGCGCUGCCGUAAGGGGAUUCCCUCUUCCCUCCGUGCCAAAGCAUGGCAACUACUCUCAAAUAGCAAGGAGCUUUUGGAUCAAAAUCAGGGAAAAUUUGAGGAAUUGGAGCGUGAGCCUGGUGAUCCCAAGUGGCUUGAUGUGAUUGAGAAGGACCUCCACAGGCAAUUCCCUUUCCACGAGAUGUUUGCAGCUCGGGGAGGCCAUGGGCAGCAGGACCUGUAUCGCAUCCUGAAAGCCUACACCAUCUACCGGCCAGAAGAAGGUUACUGCCAAGCACAAGCACCCGUAGCUGCAGUUUUGUUGAUGCAUAUGCCCGCAGAGCAAGCUUUCUGGUGCCUGGUGCAAAUCUGUGAGAAAUAUCUUCCUGGUUACUACAGUGCUGGAUUGGAGGCAAUCCAGUUAGACGGGGAGAUCUUCUUUGCGCUGCUCCGACGAGCAUCUCCCAUUGCCUAUCGUCACUUGAAGAGAUACAAGAUUGAUCCCAUCUUGUACAUGACGGAGUGGUUUAUGUGCAUCUUCUCCCGGACCUUGCCCUGGUGCUCAGUGUUACGCGUGUGGGAUAUGUUUUUCUGCGAAGGGGUGAAGAUAAUUUUCCGAGUGGGCUUGGUGCUACUCAGGAACACCUUGGGCUCAGUGGACAAGCUGCGGUCCUGCCAGGGCAUGUAUGAGACAAUGGAGAAACUGCGGAACCUGCCUGUUCAGGCCAUGCAAGAGGACUACUUGGUCCAUGAGGUGAUGAAUCUUCCAGUUACUGAAGCCCUCAUAGAGCGGGAGAAUACCACCCAGCUGAAGAAAUGGCGGGAAACUCGGGGGGAGCUCCAGUACAAGCCCUCCCGCCGACUACACGGCUCGCGGGCAAUCCAUGAGGAGCGCUACCGUAUGAACCCCCCCCUGACUGCCAGCGCCAGCCUCUUGAGCCUCACAGGGCUGAAGCAGAGGGUUGCUCUGGGCAGCAUCAGUGGCCCUUCCUUCUCCCCAGUCCAUUCCAUAGGUACCUUGGCCGAGUCUCCCGCCCCUUCCCCAGUCCCUUCUGCCACCCAGAACCAGGUGGUGGUGUCCGAAGGCCUUCACGCCGCCCUGCCCUCUCCUACUGGGAACAACACGCCCUUGGGCGGCCCUACGAAAGCAGGAAGCAGCAGCAAAGCGGAAAAGCGGAAAGAAAAAGAACGGGAGAAGCAAGAGAAGGUAGAAAAGGAAAAGCAGAAGCUGCAGAAGGAGCGGGAGAAGAAGCUGCAGAAGGAGCGGGAGAAGCAGGAGAAGGAGCGGGAGAAGAAGCAGCAGAAGGAACGAACCAAAGAGGAGGCCAAGCUGAAGAAAGAGAAGAAGCUCUCUCUGAGGAAAAAAGAAUCCAAAUCGGCCACCGAAGAAGGAAAAGAUGGAGAAGCCCCAGGGGGGUCAGUGCUCCAAGACACUUACUUUUGAAUAAUACUAACGGGCGGGACAACACAAGUCUGGACAACCCCCACGGACCAAGAAGGUGGUGGCCACUAGAGACAUGUUGUGGUUGAAGGACCCAGAGGGCCAGAGGAGAUACGCCGAGGGGCAUUGCUGUUGUGCACCGAACCCCUAGACUUAGGGUCACGGAGGGUCAGAGGAUACUUUCCCAGAGUCCAGGAGUUUACCUCUUUUGUGUGCCUGAGGUGGGUGUGAGUCCCCCAUCCUGCUCUCCUCUGCCGUAACGACCAGGGAGAAAUGGUCCCUGAUAGCUGCUGUGGAUAGAGAAGAUGGUGGCCCCGUGUGAGUUUCACCACCACCAACAGGUGCAGCUGCACAACCCUCCUCCGUCCCCUCCAAGCUUGGAGCCUAACCAAGGAAGUAAUUGCGUUAUUAACAAGUACUUUGUAGAGAACCAUCUCCCCUUGAAACCACUUAACCGCUCCAGGUAUGAGAUCCAGAGAAGCAAAGGGUGG